UUAAAGUACGAACUACCAAACACCCGUCACUCCAAAAUCACAGGAUUGAUAAUUUUUUGCACAUAUUUUAUCAAAAAACUGUCAAUGAGGAGCAACUUUCCUUCAAGCACGACAAUUACGGAAACUGUUGGUGUAGCAGAGUUUAUUUCAAUAAUCUGGGGCGUUUUAGUUGACGCAUAUCUCUCUAUUCAACACGAACAGUAUGAUGUUCAGAGCAAGUUGUUAGUUUUCCUAAUAGUCUGGCUGAUUUUGAAUCUGCUUCUGAUUACUAUUGCCUGGAGAUAUUACGGAGAGAGGAUUUUUGAGAAACUUUAUCGUUAGAAGAAUAAGCAGUGCUGUAACAGUUUAACCAUGUCAGCCAUAAAGAAAUUUUUCCAAAAGAAGAAGUUAGAUGUCAAGUUCAAGAAGGCUGGAGAGGGACAUAAAUUGACAGAUGAUACAAGAUCAGCACCCUCUUCAUCACGGCCACAAUCUGUUCAAACCCCAAGGUCAGGGCCGUCUGAGGAGGCAGCUCGAGCAGCUGAGGCAGCCUUAAUGAGAACAACUAAAAACCAGACUAAAUCAGACCCAAACUACAUUGCUAAAGCAAGAAUGAGAAGGGAGAUGGAGGAGGAGAAAAAAGCUGCAGAACAAGCGAUGAAGCUGGCGAGCCAAUACAGGGAGGAACCAAAGGAAAUUGUCAAGGACUCCGCCCCUGUACUAAACAGUAUACUCUACACCUGCCCUGAUAUAGGACCUGCAGUUUUGCCAAAAGAGGAGAUGAAUAAAUACAUCCAUGAGUUUUUACUGUCUCAGCUAGCAGAGGAGCCAGCAAUGGCUUCCGCCCUCAUGAUCCAAACAUUAAACAAGGACAAAGAGAAAGUGAAAGUAUGUGUAGAAACUCUGACAAAAUACCUUGACAAUCUCAUUAAUAACCCAUCCGAAGAAAAGUUCCGCAAGAUAAGACUUUCCAACAAAGCCUUCAUAGAGAGAGUGAGAAAUCUGGCUGGAACAGAUGAAUUUUUACAAGCUGUUGGCUUUACAAUUAGAAAACUGCCUUUUGAAGAUGGAGAGACUGAUUUUUAUGUGAUAGAAGAGGAGGUAGCAAAAGACUCAGGUUGUCUAGAGAAUAUAAAAGAAAUUCUUUUAACAGCAGAGCCCAUUAGGCCACAACUUGAUAGAAAUUUAAAGGUCUACCAUCCCUCACCUUCAGCAUCCAGAUUUAACAUUCCUGAUGAGUUUUACAACAUCUCACCAGCAGAGCUCAAGCGAGAACAACAAGCACGUCAAGAAGCCACAGAAAAACUAGGAAUGUUGCGUACCAAGGCAAUGCGGGAAAGGGAUGAGAGAAGAGAACUCACUAAAUAUCGCUUUGUCCUAAUCAGAGUCCGUUUUCAUGAUGUGCUUUUGGAGGGCACUUUUAAAGCUAAUGAACCAUUUUCCUGUUUAGUUGAUUUUGUGAGAGAGAAUUUAGAGCAUGACUGGAUUCCAUUUCACUUGAGUUCAUCUGGUGGACAAAAACUGACAGAUCACUCUUUGACAUUUGCAGAGUUGGGUCUGGCCCCUGCCGCUGUGGUUAACUUCUCCUGGGACAAGGAGGUGAUGGAAGAGGUCAAAGCUCAGCAGGGGAACAAAGGAAGCAACUCAUCAUUAAAACAAGAGCUUAUGGCAAGAAUUCAAGACUUGUAAUGUUUAAAAAAAAUUAUAAGGAUUAUGUACACAAGUAGAAACAGCAUUUAUCGGAGAAUAGAAUCAAUUUCUUUCAUAAGAUUUGUUACAAAUUUAAUGAGAUGGCUUGAACCAACUGUUACUGUAUUUUGAUGUUGAAUUUUUACUAUUUGAAAAUGUUUUAUUAUGUGGGAAAGUAUUAUCAAAAGUUUUCUAUAAUAUUUAAAUGAUUAAAAGUACUUGUACAUGUAGCAAUGAUAAGUUGAUAAUCUGAGCCAAACUUCUUGUUUGCAUGUUAUUUUCUCAUCAUCUUUUAACUACUGAAACACAGAAGUGAACAGUUUGAUAAAGUAUCUAAGCUAGUCAGAUGGGAUUUUUUUUAAUGUUUUAAUUCAUUGAAGCAUAAUAUCAAAGCUAUUCAUUGCCAUGCAAAACACAAUUGUUUAUGAACAACAUGAAUAAAUAAAAUAAUAUUAAGGUAGUCCGCUCCUCAGGUUCUGAAAAUCAGGUGUUGAAUAAUUUAAGAAUUAAAAUGCUCACAAAAAUA